ACCAGAGCCAUCCAGAAAGCACUCUACCAGAGCCAUCCAGAAAGCACUAUAUAAACCCGACCACUCUCCUCCCAUAGCUCAUACAAUAGCCACUAUCAUUCUUUCCUGUAAAAGUUUGUAACCCAUCCUGUCUGCUAAUGGCUUCCUCUAGUAUUAGCCCUUGUUUCCUUUGUAUCCUGGUAGUAGUGGCCUCUCUUCUGGUCCAGUGCUCCUAUGGUGCUAGAAAGCUCAAUGCCUUGGUGGAGGAACAAUCUCCAGUCUUGAGCUACCACAAGGGGAUUCUCCUCACCGGGCCUGUAUCCGUGAACCUCAUAUGGUACGGUAAGUUCACGGCCCCCCAGCGAGCCAUCAUCUCCGACUUCAUCGCGUCCCUCGCCACAAUGGGCGGUGACCAGAAGCAGCCGGAGCCGUCCGUGUCCACCUGGUGGAAGACCACCGAGAGGUAUUACGCCCAGUCGAAGACCAAGUUCCCUACGCUCAUGCUGGGUGACCAGAUCCUCGACGAGUCCUACUCCCUUGGCAAGUCGCUCACCAACGCCGACAUCGCCAAGCUGGCGAGCCGCGGGGCUCCGAAGAACGCCGUCAAUGUCGUCUUAACGGCGGAUGACGUCGCGGUCGAGGGGUUCUGCAUGAGCCGAUGCGGGACACACGGUUCCUCGCCCGGUUCUAAGUCCGGCCGGUUCGCGUACAUCUGGGUCGGCAACUCGGCGACUCAGUGCCCGGGUCAGUGCGCGUGGCCCUUCCACCAGCCGGUCUACGGGCCCCAGACCCCGGCGUUGGUGGCGCCUAAUGGCGACGUCGGGAUCGACGGCAUGGUGAUCAACUUGGCGAGCAUGAUGGCCGGGACGGCGACCAACCCAUUCGGAGACGGAUUCUACCAGGGGCCGAAAGAGGCGCCAUUAGAGGCUGCGACGGCGUGCCCGGGGGUUUAUGCCAAGGGGGCGUAUCCGGGAUAUCCUGGGGAUCUGUUGGUGGACCGCACGACGGGGGCGAGCUACAACGCGAACGGCGCCCAUGGGAGGAAGUAUCUGGUCCCGGCUUUGUUCGACCCGUCAACCUCUUCCUGCUCCACCUUGGUUUGACGGUAGAGGAUGCGUUGUGUGAUAAAGAAGUUUACACGAAUACGUAGAUGGAUGUUUGUGUAUAUGUUUGUAUUUAUAUAUAAUGAAGUUUUUUAAUCUUUUUUUCGUGUAUAUAAUGUUUCAAGAUUGAUCUUUGAAACAAAUGGAAUAAUGGAAUGCCAAAUUACUUGUCGUUUCA